UAAAUUUUAGCUUAUUCAUUAUAUGGGGAGAUGACUGGUGCUCCACUCUGUUCCUAGUUCCGUUUCAGAAAACCUGUGUCACUGCAUUUGGCACUGUAACGCAAAACCCGUGGAAUCAACAAGAAUUGAAGAGUAUAUUCGAAAUGGGCGCUGAAAAUGAAGAAGCCCCUGAGAGAGAGCUCAACACUUUGCCUCCUUCUAAUGGAUGGAAAAACCGCAUCUUAAUCCCAACCCUUCUUGCAGGGGUUGCUGGUGCUGGAACUGGAUUAAUCUCGAAGCAUCGGAAGAGUCUUGGUCUUGCAAAUAUUACUGCCAGCUAUGCUGCUAAUUUUGCCAUCGUCACUGGUUGCUAUUGCGGGGCACGAGAAUUUGUGACAGAAACUAGAAAAACAGGACCUGAUGAUUUAUGGAACUCUGUAGUUGCUGGAUUUGGAACAGGUGCUCUUCUAGGGCGUCUGCAAGGCGGUCAACUUGGGGCGGUUCGAUACUCUGUCAUCUUCGCUGUUGUAGGGACAACAAUAGAUUAUGCUACUCUCAAAGCGAAAGACUUUUUGAGAGAUCAAACUAAAAUAAUACAUCAGGAUCAUGAGAAUUCACAGAAAAAUGGAAAAUGGUUUAGAUUGCCAGAAUGGUCCCCGAUACGGAUACUUGAUGAGGAAGCACUUGCUAAAAAACGAGCUCAGGAAGAGGAGUUUCUUGCACAGAGGGCAAGGAUUCGUAGUCUAAGGGAAGAAGAAUCUUGAAAAACUGUACACUAUUUUUUGGAUGUGAUGAUUAUGCAUGCCUUGGAUUUCUAAUGGUCCAACUCCUCACUGUUAAAACUCUAUAUACCCUUCUCCCCUUCUCAACAUUAUUAGUUUCUAAUAUAGUUGAUGAAUGAUGAGCAAUGUCUUCAUAAGAGGUUCGGAACUGUUGAGAAUUAAGUUCUAGUCACCUUUUGGAUUGUGUGAAGAUUUUUCCUCUUCCCUUUCUCGAUAUUACACAUGGGAAAUCCAUAACUUAGUUGAGUGUUUGACUCUUUGUAUCUUAUUGCAUUUUUGAGAGGACUUAAUUCAUACAGAACUUUCUCAUUCUCUCAAUGAAUUGGUCAAUUCAUUUUGUUUUGCUUUUGAUGUUCUGUGAUGCAACCAUGUCCAAAUAGAUUGUCUCAAUUAGAAAGCGAGGCAAUAAGUAGGUAGAACUAGAUGACUAUGUAAACUGUUUUGUACUAUCAAUGUAUCAAAGCUUAUAUUAAGAAAU